GUUAAAUUCAAUUGAAUGAAUACUGAGGUAUUUUUCAUUUUGUUUUCACUUCUUUUCUCAUUUAGAGCAUGUUUUGAAGAACUUCAGUCUGACUACUUGAGCACGUGGUUCAUCCUUGAUUAUCUAUCAGAUGUUAUUUAUAUACUUGACAUGUACUUAAGAACAAAAACAGGGUAUCUGGAACAAGGUUUAUUGGUCAGUGAUGGAAAGAAACUCAGAGAAAGAUACUUCGCCACAAUCCAAUUCAAAUUAGAUGUCAUCUCACUUAUACCAACUGACUUUCUGUAUUUUUUAUUUGGACUGGAAUAUCCAGAAAUUAGAUUAAAUCGUUUGACUAGGAUUAGUCGAUUGUUUGAAUUCUUUUCAAGAACUGAAACUCGGACAAACUAUCCAAACAUUUUCAGGAUUUCCAACCUUGUCAUGUACAUUGUGAUCAUUAUUCAUUGGAAUGCUUGUGUGUAUUUUUCAAUUUCCAAAGCUAUAGGGUUUGGGGCAGAUACAUGGGUAUAUCCAAAUGUAUCUAUUCCAGAGUUUUCCCGGCUUGCUCGGAAGUAUGUGUACAGUCUCUAUUGGUCAACACUGACACUAACUACCAUUGGUGAAACACCUCCUCCUGUAGAGGAUUCAGAAUACUUUUUUGUGGUGGCUGAUUUCCUGGUUGGAGUGCUGAUUUUUGCCACCAUUGUUGGUAAUGUUGGUUCUAUGAUUUCCAACAUGAAUGCAGCUCGUGCAGAGUUUCAGUCAAGGAUUGACGCCAUCAAGCAGUACAUGCACUUUCGAAAAGUGAGCAAAGAUUUGGAAAAGAGAGUUAUCAAAUGGUUUGACUACUUGUGGACAAACAAAAAAGCUGUAGAUGAAAGAGAGGUCUUGAAGUAUCUUCCUGACAAGUUAAGAGCAGAAAUUGCCAUCAAUGUCCACCUUGAUACACUGAAAAAAGUUCGAAUCUUUGCAGAUUGUGAAGCUGGUCUGCUGAUUGAGUUGGUGUUGAAGCUAAGACCCCAGGUGUACAGCCCAGGGGAUUAUAUCUGUCGCAAAGGAGACAUUGGUAGAGAGAUGUACAUCAUCAAAGAAGGGAAACUUGCUGUUGUUGCUGAUGAUGGAAUUACUCAGUUUGUGGUUCUAAGUGAUGGCAGCUAUUUUGGUGAAAUUAGUAUUCUGAAUAUCAAAGGUAGUAAAGCUGGGAAUAGAAGAACAGCAAACAUUAAGAGUAUAGGCUACUCAGAUUUGUUCUGCCUCUCCAAAGAUGAUCUAAUGGAAGCACUCACAGAAUAUCCUGAUGCAAAAGCAAUGCUGGAAGAAAAGGGAAAGCAAAUUCUAAUGAAGGAUGGUCUUUUGGAUUUAGAUAUUGCCCAGCUUGGAGCUGACCCAAAGGACAUGGAAGAGAAGAUAACAAGACUUGAUAUGGCAAUUGAUCUUUUACAGACUAAAUUUGCUCGACUUCUGGCAGAAUACAACUCUACACAACAAAAACUAAAAGAAAGAGUAACAAAGAUUGAGAAUAAAAUUAAACAAUCAGGGAUACAAUUUGAAUAUUCAGAACUGGUAGAUGCUGAAGCACCAACUGAAACUGAAGAAAGUAAGAAGUAGUGUAAGUAUGCAUAUUAAUAAUACAAAGCUAAUACUUAUUUUUUGCAUUACUGUAUGUACUAACAAUACAUAUCUCAGGAUGAAAAUUCAUUUAAACUUUGACAAAUUGUUAUAGAAAGGAUAUUUCACUGUGUUUAAAAUAUAUAUUAUACAUAAAAUUCAUACAUAUUGAUGAGUUACAACUGAAAGCUGUCUGGGAAUAUAUUGGAAUUUAAUUACAGGUCACAAGCAAGUAUUUGUAUCAGGAUAGAAUAUUUCUUGCAGUACUCAAAAUUAAAGCUGCACUGUUAAGUAAAAAUGUCAACAAUGCUUAUUUAAAUCUACUGUAUAUGUAAGAAAUUUAUAUUUACAGUGCACCUUACUCAGUAUUUUCCAAAAUACUUUACAGAAAAAGGAUUAUUUUCAAAGCUCAACCAUGAUUGUAAUGGAGACAUUAUGUAUAAUAUGUUAAAAACAACUGUAUUCAAAAAUCUAUAUUAUCAAGUUUAUAUGUUUUUGUAACCAUGGCUGUGCAAUUUCUUAAUGUUAGUCAAGUUCUCACCUUAUAUUACUCUCCAGUGCUAAACCAAAUGGCAUUUGCAGAGUCAUGAGCUGGGGCUGGGGAGAGGGGAAAAUCUCUUGUGGAAGAGGUCUCUUCAAGUGCAUUCUGUUUUCUUACCAAAUCCACAAUCUUAUGACAUUGAGGCAGUCUUACAGAUGCUGCCCACACACCCAGACCUUUCACAUAACUUUGUGAAUAUUUCUAUUGGCCCCCUUGCUCAGUCCUGGCUGUGGGAAGUAAAGGAAAAAUAAGGAGUCAUUACACCUGGAUGAAUGCCCGAACAUUCACCUUAAAAGGAAUGAAGACAUCUUCCUGAAAUAGUGGUGGUCAGUAUAACCAGAUUUCUGCCAUUUCCCUGGAGAUUUGUUAAUCUCAUGCUGGAGUUACAAGACGAAACUGGUAGAAUUCUUGGAGACUUUGGGUUCCAUGAUUCAGUAAUAAAUUAUUGUUAACUGUAAAGCAAUCAUGUUUUAAAGAAUAAGUUUACAUCUGAGUUGUCACAUAAUUUGAAAUAAUAUAUGAACAUAAAAUACAAACAAAAAAUGACUAAGUCAUUAGUAAUAAUUGACACUUUACAUUUAGUGAAGUUGCAAUCUGGAAAUAGAAAUAUUGUGGGAAUUUCUAGCUUCAGUUUUGUCUUGGUUCUUCAAUGGAAUCUAUUGUUUUAUCACUCUCAUUAACUAGGUCUCGGAAGUGCAUGAGGACAGGGAGAUUCUGCACAAAUUAUAUAUUGUCAGACUACCUCUGUAGCAGGUUAAAAUAACUGUAGAAAUUGAUUAGUCUGGGAAGGCAACAAUUUAUUUCUUUAUAGAAUGUUGUUAAAAGAUGAAUGUGUACUAAUAAACUAAUGUGUACUGAAAAAAAGUAACAUGCUAUGGAAUAAUACAUUUUAUAUAUGAAUUAAUCAUUAAUUAUACAUUGAAUCUUAAAUAUGUUGUGCUGCCUGACCUGCUGUGCUUUUCAAGCACCACACUAAUCUUGCUUCUGAUCUCCAGCAUCUGCAGUCCUCAC